AUGCUCAUAAUUUCAUUCUUCAUCUGCUGGACACCUCUUCACGUUGUCCACGUGCUGCUAAUGAGCGGUGUGCGAAUUCCACUAUCAUAUUGCGCCCUUAUGCAGGACAUGGCAAACGUCUUUGCCUGGGCGAAUCCUGUUCUUAAUCCUUUACUGUACGCCUUCGCCGGGAAGCAAUUUCGAAGCGACUUUAGAAAAUUACUCAGAAGAAGAAAAGAAUCGGGUAAUAGAAGAUUUUUCGAUGAAUCCCCAAGUUUGACACACGAGCAAUCGCAGGAAAAGGGAUAA